UCACAUUACUAUAUGGGGCUCACUUAUUUUCUACUUUUGCUUCUCCAAUAUUUUUACAACUAUGUCCUUGGUGGAGAUUAUGUUGGAACUCUAGCAAAGGCGAUGGGAGAGCCCAUGUUCUAUUUCACCUCAUUGUUGACUAUUGUGAUACUGAUGCUACCCGUAAUGGCUUGGCGCUUCUAUUGGGUUGAUGUUGCCCCAACUCUCUCAGAUAAAGUAAGAUUUAAGCAGCGUCAUGAUGCCAAGAUGGCCAGCAAGCGCAUUGAACAUGACAUGCUCCGUACUCCCUCUGCAAGAAGAUCUCGCCGUUUCCAUCCGCUCUGGCUAUGCCUUUGCUCACCAUGGAAGGAUUUUGGGCGCCUAAUCACAAGUGGAAAAAUAAUGCGUCCUAGAAAUCCAAAGCCUGGCAACGUGUCCAUGGCAGAGCCUCAAACUUUCGUCCAGAU